AGGGGUUUAGCCAAUGUGGGCAGAGGGAGGGGAAAGUACACACAGAAGCCCGAGAGAAUGGGGCUAAAACAGAGCUGUAGUUGAGAAGAAAUGGCGGACUUUCCUCGUGUGAGCAAAUGACAAAAAAGGUGCGCGACAACACAAAGAAACGGACGAGCAAAGCAGAAGUGGCGAGAAUUUAAGAGGGAUGUGGAGGAACGUUCUAUCGGUUUCAUCUCGGCUGACUGCCACCAAAGUGUAACGAGAGGAAACAGAGUAACAGAAGUGCGCACAGGGGCUCAAACUUGUCUCGACCAGUCUGGCGGAAAAGAAAUCAUACUAGACAGAGAGAAAUGACUGAAUUUCUGGUGCUUAAUUUAUCGAGGAGGGAUUUGAACCAAAGAGGCAAAUGAGACAGGAAGAGAGUGAGCGAGGGAGGCGGGAGUGAUGAGUGCGUAAAACAGCAGACAGGCAUGAGGAAAAAGAUUAACAGCCUUCACUGAGCCGGCGUGUGUGCUUGUGAAGUACUUCGUGGCAGUGCAAACCGAGUUUGGAAAUAUGAGAACAUAGGCAACGGGACAGGGUAGAUAAAACAAGCGCGUGUUGCGCAAGGUAAAAGCAGGACAAGGAGGGAGAGAGACAGACAAAAAGGUGGGCCUCUAAAGGGAAAGACUAACAGGAGGGGAGAGGUAUGAGGGGACAGCUCUCGAAGUCUUUCUUGUCUCUCAUGAUCACUCUCGUCUGUCUGGGGAGCCUGAUGACCACUCUCAUCUGGUACAAGUCGGACGGCAAACAUGUGAAGCCUCACCAACCAGCUUCUCAAAAGAAACAUGCCGCAAAGCCCUCAGAAAUUUGCAAAGGCUGCAAGGAAAUCAUUAGCAAGGUACAAGAGCGUUACAAUCAAACCUGGAAGAAGCAGGAGGAGAAAUACUUAAAAUUCAGAACUGAUCUGAGACUUAAGUGCAAUGGCAUUGACAAAGCAAUCAUUACCAAGAAUAACACUCCAGUGGGGUUGAAGCUCAUUUAUGAUGGGGAAAAGAAGAGGACUCUACAGGUGAACAAAGAGCUGUUCAGCAUUUUUACAAAGGAGAAUCCUUUUUCAAGUAAGAAAUGGGACACUUGUUCAGUAGUUGGGAAUGGUGGGAUCCUGUCUGACAGCAGCUGUGGAAAAAUGAUUGAUUCAGCUGACUUUGUUAUCAGGUGCAACUUACCUCCUUUGGAAAAUGGAUAUGAGAAAGAUGUUGGCAGCAAAACUAGCCUUGUGACAGCAAAUCCAAGCAUCUUCACACAGAGGUAUGGCUCCCUGGUGGGACGCCGCCUUCCAUUCGUGGAGAGUCUUCGCAAGUACGGCAACUCUCUGCUGCUCCUUCCUGCCUUCUCCUUUGGUAUAAAUACUGCUGUGUGUCAGCGAGUUGCAUAUACAAUAGAGGACUUUAAAAGCCCUAUUCGACCUGUUUUCUUUAACCCUCAGUACCUUGACAGUCUGGCUCAAUUCUGGAGCUCUGAAGGCCUGAAAGAAAGGCGGCUCAGCACUGGAUUAAUUAUGGUUAGCAUGGCCCUGGAAUUGUGUGAAAAUGUGCAUCUGUAUGGAUUCUGGCCCUUUAGUAAUCACCCAUAUGGCCUCUAUACCCUGACUAACCACUACUAUGAUGACAAACCAGCUAAAGCGAGUUUUCAUGCAAUGCCAGCUGAAUUUAACCGCUUGUUGCAGCUGCACACUGAAGGGGUACUCAGGCUUCACCUGGGAGACUGUGAAUCAGAUGAAAAAUAGUUCCCAGGGAUAGACAACAGCACAGAAGCAAAGUGCAGAAUUAAGUGCCUUCUCUAUAGCCUCAGGAUGAAGUUAGACACUCAAUUCAUUUCAUAUGUGUUUGAGAAAAUUUAGACAUUAUUUGUGGUUAGUGGAAAGAUGGAAAAUGGCCACAUAGACACCUUCCUUACCUUCCAGCAACCAAGACAUUUGCACUGAUGAGUGCCUCUUUAACCCUAUUUAUUAAACAGAUGUUCCAUUUGGA